UGUUUUGGCUGUCAUCUCUUCUGCUAACUCUCCCUUUUGACUUUACUUACUUGCUGAGUUCCUCAUCAGUUCCCUUCCUCUCUUUCCAAGCUUGCUUCCAUCGUCGACAUCUCCUCCUUGAUCCGAGUAGCUCGUGAUGGCCGGACUACUUGCCUCUCUGGCCAUAAGGAAAGCACUGGAGAAGCUCUCCUCCUACCUGGCAGCGAGCCUUUCGGCAUCGUCGUCCUCGCCGACGUCUGGGAGGGCAAGGCAGGAGAAGGACCACGAGGACCUGAGGAUGCUGGAGCGGACCAUGCGCAGGAUCCACGCUACUCUGCAUGACGCGGAGCAGCACUGGAACAUCAGGGAGGAGUCCACCAAGCUGCGGCUCAAGGAGCUCAAGGAUCUCGCCUACUACGCGGAGGAUGUGGUGGAUGCGUAUGAGAUGAAUCGCCAGAAGGUGGAGGCUCUCAAGGCAUUUGCAGGCGCCGCCAGCCACAAGCGCAAGUACCAGCAGGAAAGCGAGGGCUUGUUCUGUGAUUCUCAUACGGUUGCCAUUACAGACGAGUUGGCUAUCAAAACAAGGAAACUUAUUGAGCGAUUUGACGAGAUCAAGUAUUAUUCAGACAACUUUACUUUGUCGGAGAAUGAUGGAGAGAUACGGCUUACUCCUGAUAUUAGUGGUUUGCAGACAAGCUCUGUUGUCUUUGAGAAUAGCAUUGUGGGAAGAGUGAAAGAUAAGAACAACAUUGUAGAAAAGUUGUUGUCCAAAAGAGGUGACAAUCUAGCUAGUCCGGUUUCUGUCAUGGCAAUUGUUGGUAUGGAAGGAUUAGGCAAGACAACGCUGGCCCAGCUAGUGUAUAACCACCCAGAAGUGUGCAAGUAUUUUGAUGUGCACGCAUGGGUUUGCGUAUCUGAGCAGUUUGAUAUCAACAACAUAACACAGAGCAUCAUUGUCGCGGUUACAAAGGAGAAGUGUGAUCUAUCAGAACUUCCUAAUCUCCAUGAGAGACUGGUAGAAGAAAUUAAGCAAAAGAAAGUUUUGCUUGUGUUGGAUGAUGUGUGGAAUGAAAGAAGAGAUUGUUGGGAUCUGCUGUGCAUGCCUAUGAACACCACGAAGCUUUGUAUGAUUGUAGUGACCACCCGCAGCGAGAAAGUCGCAAAGCUUGUGCAGACAAUGUCAAACUUCUAUAACCUAGAAUGCUUGAGUUUUGAUGAGAGCUGGUUGUUGUUCAGGCAAGUUGCUCUCACUGUUAACCAAGAAAAUGCUCCACCAAACCUGGUAGAGAUUGGAAAGGCUAUAGUUAGAAAGUGCAAGGGCUUUGCCUUUAGCGAUCAAGAGGAUAGGCAGCAUGCUGCGCUAUGAAACGGAUGAGCAGAGCUGGUUGGAGGUCCUAGAAAAUGUGCUCUGGGACAUGGACCAACCAUGGAACGAGGUUUCGCCAUCCUUGGAGUUGAGCUACAGGCAUAUGCCUGUAUACCUGAAAUGAUGUUUUGUUGUCCUUGCACAUUAUCCGAAGGAUUGCAUACUUAAUGAACUUGAGGUGCUUCAGUUGUUGAAAUUAGUUGAUCCCUUCAAAAAAUGGCAGACAUGAUAAUGAGGAAAAAAAUGGCAGACAUGAUAAUGAGGAUGAGCUUGAAAGUAUUUAUCUCGAUGAAUUGGUGGAGCAGUCAUUCCUUCAAGAAAUUUAUUUUUGAUGUUCUUGAUGACGACGAGUUGAAAUUUCCUUUUUCUCAAAUUAACUGAAAAUAGAGAUGAAUCAUUGUGACACUCAGUAGCUUCCUACGCUUGGUGAUCUUCCGUCCCUCGUGUCCCUCUAUUUCUAUGGCGAGUGGCUUGUGCACGACACUGGCCGGUCCAGGAGUUUUGGAGCCUUGUUCCUGCAGGUGUUGGGAUUAGCUUCAUUGAGACAUUUUGAUACUCUGACGCCCAAGUUGUUCCGAGUGAUUCGGAGUUAGUGGUGGUGAAAUUUCCACACUACAAUACUAUUUACAUCUGCAAUGACGCUGCCAACACUAGUCUUAUCCUCUGAGGUUUCUUCCAUAUAUCUGUGCUCUUCGUGUCCUUGAGAACUAUAUUACUGAUAGGAUGCCACUGUGUAUCACUGUAAUGUAUUCCUGCAUGGCCUAAAACUGCAUAUACUACAGAUUGGUAGGCACCGAAA